GACAGCUGCCGCCUCCGUCCACUCUGAGCUCAACGCCGUCGGGCCAAGGAGCUCCUGAAGCCUCCAGGAUUUAGUCUGACCGACGUUCCUCUCCUCCAUCAUGGGCGCCUUCAUCGCCAAGAUGCUGCUCCCCACCGUCAGCAGCCUGGUGUUCCUGCCCACGGCCAGCGUGGCGGCCAAGAGGGGCUUCCACAUGGAGGCCAUGGUCUACUUCUUCACCAUGUUCUUCACGGCGGUGAGAAAGCUGAAGCCUCACUCACAGUUCUCCUCACACGUCUGUGUUUGCGUCUCAGCUCUGGGGGACUUCGACGAACCUCAGCGUUCCUCCGUCACCAUGUUCGGAGUUCUGACCAUCGCCGUGAGGAUCUACCAGGACCGGUGGGGCUACGGGAUCUACUCCGGACCCAUCGGAUCCGCCGUCUUCAUCAUCACCGUCAAAUGGACCCUUCAUGUGACCAAAAACAACACAAACAGGCCAAAACUACGUCGUCUGUGCGCCACUCCGUCGUUUCUCCAGACCCGUUUUGUUUCCUGUCACUACCCGAGUCUUUCUCCUCCCUCGCUGCAGGAGUGGGACUACGCCUACGUCCACAGCUUCUACCACCUGUCUCUGGCCGUGUCCUUCGUCCUGCUGCUGCCCAAGAGGAACCGAUACGCGGGGACGGGUCGGAACGCCGCCAAGCUCAGCUGCUUCGCCCUCUGCUGCUGCAGCGUCUCUCCCGGUUCGUCCAAAGACAAGAGCGACCAGCCGACGACGGAGAAGAAGAAGAAGAAGAAGCGGUCGGUGUGGACCGUCCCCACCGAGAAGCCGUGGAGCCGGAGCUGCAGCACCCCGACGCUGCCGCUGUACAGCCAGCCGCCGUCCACGCCCAUCAAAGGGCCCAGCGUCAGCAAGCUGAAGGAGCUGAACGGCUGGAAGUGAAGCCGAGGAGAAACCAGCUGACCAACACGUGGACCGUCCUGCUUCUGGCCGGUCCGACGUUGGAGGUCUUUGGGAGUCCAGCAGAUAAAGAAACUGAUGCGGUUAUAAAACGUAGGGAAGGAAAAAAAACAAGACUCCAGCUGUGUGACGUCAGAAGAGGAGGCCGAGGCGAGCCAGCAGAACCGGCCGGGAGAUUUACGGCCUGAGCAAACAGGCAGAUGGUUGAUCUCUCCAGAAUGUAUAAAUUGUCUUUAGAAAUGUUCCUCUGGGGAGAAGCUCGGUCCGUCUGUCCGUCCUCCCUCCUCGUCCUGUUUCCCGUCUCUCUCUGGAAAAAAAAAAAAAA